GUGCGAAGUGGGAAGAAAUGUUGACAAGUGUCGAGUUUCAGACCUAACGAGCAAAAUUCCCGGUACGCUAGCAGCCGAAUCUUCCAACAAGUUCGCCCGACGCUGGACUUGGACAGUUCAAGUUUUAGACGACACAACAAAUGUGCGAAAGUUCCGAGUGAAUCUUUGUAUCUUUUAACAUUUUUUUUUUUUCGGCCCAAGUAAUGGCGGAAAAUUUAGGCAAACGACCUUCGAAGGGGAUUCUAAAGUCGUCGAGCAGUUUCGACUCGCAGGAAGCGCCCAGUCGACCCAGUAAGGAAACAAAGUGGGAUGAGAUGAAUAUUAUUGCCACGCUGCAUCCAGCCGACAAGGAUUACGGUCACAUGAAAAUUGACGAACCAAAAACGCCUUACAACUACGAGGGUGUCGAUAACGAGCAUGAAAGAGACCAACUGGAUUCUUCAAUCAUUGCUGCAAAGCUGGCUGGUAACGAUAAACCAAAAAUCUUGGAGGAAUCUUCGGAUGAAGAAGAUGAAGAGACGCCAGAAGAGAGACAAAAAAGAUUAGCAUUCGAACAGAAACGUAAAGGUCAUUAUCAAGAAUGGCAGGCGGUACAAUUGGCACGAAAGUCAAUGCAGGAAGAGAGCGACGAAGACAGCGACGAGGAGGAUGAAGCGGAUUCAAACUCUCGAUCCAAGGAUGAAUUUUCAGGAUGAAUUCUCAACUAUCUCAACAUAUUUUUGAAGGGACGUUCAUGCUUUCUUUAUUCUUGCUGUUAUUUUCUCGAACAAUUACUUGCAAUAGUGAUAUUUCAAGCCAAAUAAAAUAACAGCAAGAAUAACUAGAAUACAAUUUUAACUUCCCAAUAAGCUAAAUUUUUGAGGUUUCGUCUGCGAAAAUCAUUGUUCUAGAUUUGACAAGUCUUUUAAGUGAAAUUUAACUCGUACGAAAUGAACGAACAAAUGAAGAAUUUCAAAAUCCAUUCCUCCAUUCACUCUGCUAACGAAUGAAAAACGUGCGUAGACUGAUUGGUACCCGUGAAAAUGGUGAUUUGUUUGUUUAUCAAAAAAUAGUGACAAAAAAAAAAAAAAAAAAAACAAUACAUAUUAUAUGUAUACAGUGUGAAUUCCUAACUACCGCAUGGUCCAUCGUCCGCUAAAAUUUAAUGCGCACGCCCUACAAUCCGAGAGCGACUGUUUGCCAGGGCGACCAACCGUUAUAAAUUUAGACGACAGUUCGCUGCGAUGUAUGUAACCUCAAAAAUUUUGGCAGUUGUCGGUGGUAGUUGUGCUCAAUUCAAAAAGAUAUCGAAAUUUGUGAGGUUAUAGAUAAUUGGUCGCCCUGGGAAACAGUUGCUCUCGGAUUUUAGCGCGUACGUAUCAAAUUUUAGCAGACGACGAACGUUGCAGACGUUAGGAAUUCACUCUGUAUAUUGGUAUUACAGAUAUUACAUAUAUUGGGAUCCUUAAUACGGGUGUGGUUAGAUCAAAAUGGCGUCGGACGUGGAAAUCAGCUGAUCGUUUUUGACAAUUUCGUUCACACAUUGAAGCGCAGAAAACGUUGCGCGAGAUGUAAGAUUUUUAUUUUGUGACUUUGGGUCAAUGUAAAGUAAACUAUGGGAUAAAAAAUGAAUUUUAUAAUUCAACAAGUAACUCAUUCACUGCCCCCAGAUGGCAUUGUUUGAAUUUAAGGGUCCCAAUUGCAGACAAUUUCAAUCACCUUAAGAUAUUUUCAAGUUGACUUACUCUAGAUUUAAAGCUAUUGAAAAAUGACAACAGGGUUGUGAGCGUAGAAAAACUUUUUAAUUAACAUCUUUGACGCGUUUUGUUUUUUUAAUUCUAUGCGAAUUGUUUCUAAAAAACUUUGGGUUCUUGGUUUUUUUCCAUUCCCUGAGUUUAUUUCCCUUGAAAUGAAAAAGCGUUUUCGUAGGCGUAACCCAAAUGUUAAAUUAGAAUUCCAUUACCUGGUGAAAAAAAAUUCCUAGAAAUGGUCUAAAUUUGUCAAACAUUUUUUAGGACAACUGAGAACCUGUCAGAGAUUCAUAUUCCGAUAAAAGUCGUAGAAAUUUUUGAUAAUUUUUUAAUAUAAUUGCCGUCGCCAUUCGUGUCAAAAGAAUAUUAUACUAAUGAUAUCCUACCCCAAACUCCGUGAUCUAAAUAUCGCGUUGGAAUUUCGUUUGGCGAAAAAUCUCUGCAAUACGUAACCCAUUGAAUAUUCACAAUCUCUUGCAGAAUGUAGAAGAUUCUCAAUUAUGAAUAAACACGUUUUAGAAAUUAUCCAUCCUCAACGUGCCCUGUUCGAAAUAAUGACGUCUCAUGUAACGAUGGCGUUUGUGCAAAGCCAGCUAGCUCCUCUGUCACGAAAUCGAAAAAGUGUAAACGAAAAUGUGCAAGAUGUCGUCGCACCGAUCAACAUUCUUGCUCGACGUGUGGCUGCCGGUAUUAAAUCAUAUUCUUUUCGCUAAUUCACGCUAUUUCAUGCUGAAAUAUGUUUAACAUACGCCAAUGUUGCGUUCACGCGUUUUUUCCCACGGGGAUAGAAUUUUCUAACCUCAAAAAACUAUUAUUUACAAGGGCUGAUGCUUCGUGAUAAAAAAUUUCGUUACCCUAAAUUAUUACAGUACAUUAAUUGUAUUUCAAUGUGAAAUUGAACGAAAUUUAAAAUUCUUACAACUUCGUAUUUUUUUUGUUAUAAAAGUUGAUCAGAAUUUCUCGAUAUGUUGCUUGAAUUUUUCAGCAAUUACGUAACUUUGCUGAUCACGUGACUAUGAUUUUUUUUUGUUGUUAAAAGGCUGGUUACUCUUGUUGAAAAUAUAUCAAAUCAAGUCUUCGCUCAUUUGAAUAGAUCACAUAUCAUUGGAUCGUAUUUAAAUUUUACAGUUUUAGAAUACUGAGGUGAAAUUUAAAAAAAAACAUUACGAUGAACGGUGUAAAUAAAUCCCACUAAACUCAAACUUUGCUCAAUAUUUGUCUGAUAUAAAGAAAAAGAGUAUUUGAUUAAACAUUCUAUCACGAGUAAAAACUACCUGUCUCCAUAAUUAGAAAAUUUAGAACUGGGAAAAACAUUUUGAAGGAAAAACAAUCUUUUGAAAUAUGCACAUAAAGAUAGACGUAUUUUAUGUACGUAUAUAACAUACCUGUCUGUAUCAUUCACUUCGAUAUUCAAUUUGGGAUUUUCCAGCAAUUACAUCAGCGCACGAACCGACCCUGAAAAUAGGAUUCUGAUUUCAUUUCGAGGUAGAUUAGAUUGAUUAAUUCGAAUAAGGUACUACAAUAAACCAUAUGAACCACAAUGAAAUGGAAUCGUGAUGCCGAUUCGAUUAAGUCUGUAUCAGUUUUAAAAUACACAAGACGUUAUUGUAUUUUAGCUUCUGUAAACCCGUUUCCAUGUAUAAUAUUGAUAUUUUCUUUCUCUGUUAUACUUUUUUUUUUUUAAAUAGUAAUCAGUUUUGUAUAUAUGCUUCAGACUUUUGUACGAUCCUUUACAAACACUUUUAAGUAGCCGCUAUGUCCUAAAGUAUAAAUUGGAAAAUUCAUUAGUCUGCUUUAUUUGGGCAAAGCUAUCUAUAAUUCAUGGUUAGCAAAGUUAUUUGAUUUUCACUUAUUAAAAGAUAAUUAAUCUGUGUCUUCAACAGGCUUCAUUUUGUUCAACACUGUUAUCGAUUAGCGAGAAAGCGCGGCCAUCGCAAGAAAAGAAAUUAAAUUUUCGAACGAAAAAAUGAAACUAUCCGAAAUAAGAACAUUCGAUAAAAAUUGAAAUACUUACCAGCAGUAUAAUUUAAUAUAAUUGUACGAUCAUUGUUUGAACAGAUUUCUAAUUUAUACAUCUUAAUUCGGUCCCAAUGUUUGAAUCAAAAGAUAGAAUAUAAAAAAAAAAAGGAUAUAAAAACUCCAACAAUAUUGUUUACUACAAUAAAGGUGAACUCGAAUGAAGCAACAUUUCUACUAAGCAAUGAAUGUAAUUUGAACAAAAUGAAAUAACCCAAAACGUAAAACAUUGAAAAUGAUCAAACUUUGAUGUUUUUUAUUCGAUUCUAAUGUUUUCACGCUUAUCUUAUCCACUUUGGAGACAUUCAGAGAUGAUGAAAAUUUAAUAACAAAUAGUUAUUCAAUGAAAUAAGUGCCGUUUCGUUUUUGGUUACUAUCAUUAUAUGAAUAAUAUUUCUGCAAAUUUCUCGAUCGGUUCUUUUUACAUUCUUCUAUCUUUUAAUUCAGAUGUUGGGGUUCAUUUAUCCUUAUACAUUGUAAAUGACCGUCUAAUGUACAAGUAUUACAUAAUUUUGUCCCCCGGGUGUAUCCGAAGUAAGAGUGGAACGAGUAGGGCAGCACCCAGAGGAGGCUGCUCGGCAUGCGGUGCUCGUAGCGCCGCGUCACCUCGAACUUUUCGAAAGUAGAAGAGAUUACGAAACUCGUUCGGCCAACUCGGGCAGCGUUGUAUUCCCAGGCCGGAAACCAUACACUCCUGCAUCCCGGGCGAAAUCCGUAAUCCCAUCCCCAAACGUCCAAUUCAGUGAGUUUUGGCUAAUUUUCUUCAUUGGGAUCCAAAGUAACGAAAGACGCCAGCUGGCGGUAGAAAACGCGCGAAAUUAUCUCUGUCUUAUUUAAUUGUAAAACUCGUUUUUAAAACCUUAUUUCACUUUGUACCAACUCGAUGGAGGAAUAUCAAACUAUUACCGCUUGCCCAAAGUCUUCUGUUCCUUUGUAUUCGUGUUAUUUUGUUGAAACCGAGGGUCAAACGAUCAGCUGAUCACCGAGUGCGACGCCAUAUUGCUCGGCCAUUACCAUUUUUGUAUCCUAAUUGUCGAGCUCCACUUCAUCUAAUGCAACGUUCGGAUCCUUGAAUAAUUUACAAAAGUUACUAAUUGCCAUACUUUCAUCUUCCAUUGCAUUAUUCACUUAUUCUCGAUUAAACGCGAGUUUUUGAUCAGGCCUCAAGAAAACUUAACUCGUGAAAUAACAGCUGUUGACUUUUUGACCGGAUUAGGUAACUGCGACGAUGUUACAUGUAUUAUCAAUUAUACAAAGAGCCACAAAUAUUUUCAAUAUCAAAAACGUGGACCACUAUUCAUAUAUUUCUGUACAAUUAAUUGAUCAAAAUCUGAAAAGAAAUAUCUCUGUAAUUUUUUCUUUCGUUUCUUGAUCUUGAUAAUAUAAUAUGUAUAUAUAUAUAUGAAUAAUAUGUGAAUAAUACAAGAAGAAAAUCUUGAUUACUUAUAAAAUUAGGAGAAAUUUAACACUUAUUAUUCAAUUAAUAGAUUAUAUUAUAUACAUAGCAUCGAAAAUGAAAUUAGUCAUUAUCUAUUAUUGUAUAGUAAAGAUAUUAACUAUCGUGACCGAAUACAAAAUAAUGCGUCGUUGUUGGCGAAAAUUUGAAAUGUUGAAAAUAUUCUUUCAAAUAAAUGAUAUAUAAUAUAUGUUUAGCAUGUACGUGAAUGUUUAGUCUGAAAUAUAUACUAUAUUUAUACCUGUAAUAGAGGAUAAAUGCGAUUACGUGUGCGGAGCAAAAUUUACACAGAUUUGGCAAAAUUUUUGAAAGGUAACUAAACGGGAGUGAGGAAAAUAAUCGAUCUUAAUUUUAAAACGUGACUUCCAACGAGUGUUUUCCACAUAAAAAAACGAAAAAUCCAAUUUUUCCAAUUCUAUAAAGAGUUCAAAAAUUAGUUGUGGUAUGAAUAAACGAUUGAAAAAAUAAGAUAAAAAAAAAAAAUCACUAUCAAUUGCUUUAUGUGUUUACAUAACGGUCUUACGCUUAGGUAUAAUACGUACAUUGCACAUUUGUAGGAAUUGAUCAGACUGUUUAAUGAACACCAAAAAUUGUCGGCUAUUUACGUGUAGAUAAAAUUAGUGUAUAAUGAGUUUUGACCAUCCUUGAUUAACACAACAAGCAAAACCGUAAUAUUAUCAUGUAUAUGUGUAAUAAGUAAUAGUAAGUGUUAACAAAUUUCAUUCAAAAUUACAGUCAAUAUAACGAUUGAUGCAUCUAUUGUAACAACUGAUCGUUUUCGUACACACGUUUUCAUUUGAAAGCGUCUAAGUGAUAUAUGCAUAUAGUUUUAAACAUUUGAUAUAAAACUACGUUGACUUGUAUAACGACUCGAGAACUGAACUCGAUCUCAAAUAGUUCGUUCGAAAUUUGUGCAAUUGGGCACGUACUCUUUUAUUAUUAAUUUUUUCCUCUGAAUUUUAACUACAAAUUAUGUCUGAAAGAAUUACGAUUUGCACCGAGUUUGUUGAUGAGUUUUUUUUUUUUUCUCUCUCUCGAAACUGAGUAAUAAUGAAUUUUACAAAUUUAGUCUCGAUGAUUUUAUUCACUCGUUGAAUUUUCGUUCUGACUGAGGUCUGAAUAUAAAAAUUUCGCGGAUCUUGUAGUUGUACCGUAAACUUCGAAGCGUUAAAUCCUGCACCCCGAUCUAUUAUAUCCUUACGAUCGCGUUAAGAAGAUGUAAUACAAGUCGACGAGCCUUCCAGCAUAAUAUAAUAUGAUGAUACAGAGUUUAUCCGGCUUGUUGACGAUUAUAAUAUUUACUUUGCAGUCUAAACUGUUGCAGAGAUAUUUUAAUUAACCCGAGUGGAUAUAAUAUCUAUGACAAACAAGAACGAUAUAAACGAUGUGUAAAUACGAUUAAACGAUGGUAUUGAGUAAUUAUUUAUAUAACAUUAACAUGAUAUUGAAACUGUAAAAUCGUUCAAUAAAAUCAUCCGAAAUUAUCGGAACAAGAUCCUCGA